ACGUCAUUGUCCUCUAACUUUCGGACAAACGUUUCUUCUAUUAAAUUGUUAAUUAAUCGUUUCGAAGGGAACGCAUAGGAAUUUGGAAAUCCCAGAUGAGAACAGCAGACAUCGGUCUCUAUGGACAACCCAGGGGCGGUGGCUAUGCUCCGCUGCAGGAAGUGUCGUAAAGGCUUUGUAGACACAACAUGCCUGCAUCCGAUAGUGCCUGAUGAUGACACAACGGCAGCAGGUACAUGCAGCGUCUGGCACAUGAACGUUGAUACACUGCCAGAGUGGAUACUGACAUCAGUUCACCAGGCCCAGUGGACAGUGGGGAAGCUGAACUGUGGGAACUGUGGUGCUCGCCUGGGUGGCUUCAACUUUCUCAACAACACCAAAUGCCCCUGUGGUCAGGAGUGCACCGUGCACCUUAGCAAGAGUCGGGUCGACCAGGACCACAAACGCUACCUUCAUGUGGUCAGUCCGCAGACGACGAGAGGUAGGGGAGGACCGGGCUGCCUGAAGGGCGAGCCGGUGGGUUCUCACAGUGAGCAGUACAGGUCAGAAGUCGGGGAGGACUUUCUGGUUGGCUCACAGCUCUGCUGUACUUCUGUGUCCCGCCUUAACGCUGAGAGCCGACCAAUCACAACACACCCAGAUGCCUUUUUCCAGUUGGCUGACAUCAGAGCCACCCAAUCAGUUCCAUUGAGCUCCCCCAGCAUUGUUUCUCAUACGAAGUUUGGUGCGAGGGGCAGGUUGGAACCCUCCUGUAGCUCUGGCUCCCAGACUGGCCCUGUUGAAGUGACUGAGGGAGAGGUGAGGACUGGGACAGAGCAGCUGCCCUAUUCACCUGUUGUGUCCUACACCCCUCAUCUAUUUGCAACUAGUAUUAUUAGGUCACCUACCUGCCUAUCACGUCUGACUAGAGAGGCCCCUGGUUCUCGUCUUCUCUCCCUGAGAGGGCCAGGUGUCUCCCACAUCCCUGGAGAGCAGGAGGAGGCCGUGGAGGAGGAGAGAAGGGGAACCCCCACAGAGCUCCAGGCCCAGGUAGUAGCCAACAAUGCUUCUCCAGCCAUACAAAGGUUCAGCAAGAAAGAGAAGAACCGGCUGAAGAGCCAGAGGAGGAAACAGAGGAAGAAAGAGCGCUGGCUCCACUCCCAGGAACAGAGUGUGACAGGGCUGCUAACAGACAGUGAGGAGGUGGACAGAGAGGGCUACACCUGUGCUGUGUGCCUGGAUGUCUACUUCAGUCCCUAUAGCUGUCACCCCUGUGGCCACAUCUUCUGUGAGCCCUGCCUCCGCACGCUGGCCAAGAACCGGCCAGCCAACACCCCCUGUCCCCUCUGCCGCACCCUCAUCUCACACACACUCUUCCAGAAAGAGCUCAACCAGACAGCUAAGACUUUUUUCCCGAAGGUCUACCACUCACGGAAACACAACUUUCAAAAAGCCAACUGUGCUAAAUUGCCUCUUCCCAACUGCCCAAAACGUUUCCACAUAUUUUGGGGGUACCAGGAGCAGGUGGCUCCAGGGAGGUGGUGGCACUUUGCCCCAGCAGGCUUCGCCCUGGAUGCCCUGGACCUGGCCGACAUGCGCGGCUGGUUUUUCGAUAUUGACCUGGUCAUCAUCUACAUCCACUCUGUCAACUGGAUACUGGCCCUGCUGGUUCUUUGCUUUCUAGCAUACCUCUUCUUGUCUUGAGUGCUGUUUGUGUAUUUAGCCAGUGAUGGCUGACCUCUAAAAAUGGUACAGCUGAGGUUUCUGGGUGAUGUAGUAUUGUGCCUAAUAGUGCUUACUGCCAGGUAACUCACCUGUCACCUCCAUAUGUUAACUGGAAUCAUGAGCAGUCCUGAGUGGAACUGGAACUGUGAGGUGUUUUUUUGUUGCAGUUGGGGAGGUCAUAUAUAUAGAAAUACCAGUACUCAAAUGAAGUUGUGUAGAUGGGCUUAUUUCAUAUUUUGUGAGAGUUUUACAUACAAUCUUUUCACUGUAAAUCCAAAAUUGUUUUAUGAGGGAUAUACGUGUAAUAGAAGUGAAAACGGAAGAUCAAAAAUUAUUAUUGUUUAAAAAAAAUCAGGUUAGGAAAUGCACAGAGAUCUAUAAUAAUAGGCCUAUUUUGAUAAAUGUAUGACAAGUGGGCCCGCUCUGCAAGGACCCGCUCUGUCAAGGACUUCCCUCGGGUCAUCAACAUGAAGGUAGCAUAAUCACAUACAGUACCAGCCAAAAGUUUAGGUUGAUGAAUGAAUGUGUCAUAUCAUAUACAGUACCAGCCAAAAGUUUGGACACACUUACUCAUUCCAGGGUUUUUCUUUAUUUUGACUAUAUUCUACAUUGUAGAAUAAUAGUGAAGGCGUCAACUAGGAAAUAACAUGUGGAAUCAUGUAGUAGAAAGCAAAAAAGUGUUAAACAAAUCAAAAUCUAUUUUAUAUUUGAGAUUCUUCAAAGUAGCCACCCUUUGCCUAGAUGACAGCUUUGUACCCUCUUGGCAUUCUCUCAACCAGCAUCAUGAGGUAGUCGCCUGGAAUGUGUUUCAAUUAACAGGUGUGCAUUGUUAAAAGUUAAUUUGUGGAAUUUCUAUCCUUCUCAAUGUGUUUGAGGCAAUCAGUUGUGUUGUGACAAGGUAAGGGUGGUAUACAGAAGAUAGCAAGUCCAAGUCCAUAUUAUGGCAAGAACAGCUCAAAUAAGCAAAGAGAAAUGACAGUCCAUCAUUACUUUCAGACAUGAAGGUCAGUCAAUACGGAAAUGUCAAGAACUUGAAAGUUUCUUCAAGUGCAGUUACAAAAACCAUCAAGCACUAUGAUGAAACUGGCUCUCAUGAGGACCACCACAGGAAAGGGAGACCCCGAGUUACCUCUGCUGCAGAGGAUAAGUUCAUUGGAGUUAACUGCACCUCAGAAAUUGCAGCACAAAUAAAUGUUUCACACAGUUCAAGUAACAGACACAUGUCAACAUCAACUGGUCAGAGGAGAAUGAGUAAAUGAGGCCUUCGUGGUCGAAUUUCUGCAAAGAAACCAAUACUCAAGGACACUAAUAAGAAGAAGAAGAGACUUGCUUGGGCCAAGAAACAAAACCAAUGGACAUUAGACCAGUGGAAAUCUGUCCUUUGGUCUGAUGAGUCCAAAUGUGAGAUUUUUGGUUGAACGGAUUACCUCCGCAUGUGUACUUCCCACUGUGAAGCAUGGAGGAGGUGGUGUGGGUGUGCUUUGCCGGUGACACUGUCUGAUUUGAUUUAGAAUUCAACGCACACUUAACCAGCAUGGCUACCACAGCAUUCUGCAGCGAUACACUGUCCCAUCUGGUUUGCGCUUAGGGGGACUAACAUUUUUCAACAGGACAAUGACCCAACACACCUCCAGGCUGUGUAAGGGCUAUUUGACCAAUAAGGAGAGUGAUGGAGUGCUGCAUCAGAUGAUCUGGCCUCCACAAUCACCCAAACUCAACUCAAUGGAGAUGAGUUGGACUGCAGAGUGACGGAAAAGCAGCCAACAAGUGCUCAGCAUAUGUGGGAAGACUGUUGGAAAAGCAUUCCAGGUGAAGCUGGUUGAGAGAAUGCCAAGAGUGCGCAAAGCUGUCAUCAAGGCAAAGGGUGGCUACUUUUAAAUAUAUUUUGAUUUGUUUAACACUUUUUUGGUUACUACAUGAUUCCAUAUGUGUUCUUUCAUAGUUGUGAUGUCUUCACUAGUAUUCUACAAUGUAGAAAAUAGUACCAAUAAAGGAAAACCCUUUAAUGAGUAGGUGUGUCCAAACUUUUGAUAAUGUACAUCUCAUAUAACUAUAAACUUUUUAUUCAAUAUGCACUACAUGACCAAAAGUAUGUGGAUACCUGCUCGUCGAACAUCUCAUUGCAAAAUCAUGGGCAUUAAUAUGGAGUUGCCCCUUGCUGCUAUAACAGCUUCCACUCUUCUGGGAAGGCUUUCCUCUAGAUGUUGGAACAUUGCUGUUGGGUCAAGGGCGUUACUGAGGUCGGGUACUAAUGUUGGGCAAUUAGGCAUAGCUCGCAGUUGGCGUUCCAAUUCAUCCCAAUGGUGUUCUAAGGGGUUGAGGUCAGCUCUCUGUGCAGGCCAGUCAAGUUCUUCCACACCUAUCUUGACAAACCAUUUCUGUAUGAGCCUCGGUUUGUGCACUGGGGCAUUGUCGUGCUGAAACAGGAAAGGGACUUAAGUUGGAUGCACAGAAUUGUCUAGAAUAUCAUUGUAUGCUGCAGUGUUAAGAUUUCCCUUCACUGGAACUAAGUUGCCUAGUCCAAACCAUGAAAAACAGUCCCAGACCAUUAUUGCUUCACCAAACUUUACAGUUGGCACUAUUCAUUGGGGCUUUCUGCUGGCAUCUGCCAAACCCAGAUUUGUCAGAGGGACUGCCAGUAAAGUGUGAUUCAUUACUCCGGAGAACGAGUUUCCACUGCUCCAGAGUCCAAUGAUGGAGAGCUUUACACUACUCCAGCCAACGAUUAGCAUUGCACAUGGUGAUCUUAGGCUUGUGUGCAGCUGCUCAGCCAUUGAAACACAUUUCAUGAACAGUUUUUCUGCUGGAGUUGCUUCCAGAGGCAGUUUGGAACUCGGUUGUGAGUGUUGCAACCCAGAACAGAUGAUUUUUACGCACUACACGCUUCAGCACUCGGCGGUCCCGUUCUGUGAGCUUCUGUGGCCUACCACUUCACAGCUGAGCUCUUGUUGCUCCUAGACGUUUCCACUUCACAAUAACAGCACUUGACCGGGGCAUCUCUAGCAGCGAAGAAAUUGGACAAAAUUACUUGUUGGAAAGGUGGCAUCUCUAUGAGGCGCUACAUUGAAAGACCCUGAGCUCUUCUGUAAGGCCAUUCUGCUGCCGAUGUUUGUCUAUGGAGAUUUUAUACACCUGUCAGCAACAGGUGUGUGUGAAAUAGCCGAAUCCACUGAUUUGAAAGGGUGUCCACAUACUUUUGUAUAUAUAGUGUAUUUUAGUACUGUUGCAAUUUUGUGUGUUGCAGGGACUCAUUGUAAUAUUUUGUCUUACCAGUGUGUCAUUCAGUGUAUUACCAAUGAUAGACAUCUUAUAUACAUUUUACAGAACAAAUUGCCAAAUCUCUGGUAAGUUAUGUGUCAAAUGUACAGUUUUCAUUGGUUUGCAAUUGUGGUGACAAUAAUACAAUGGUUUGCUUGCAGCCAACAGUA